UAAUGAACCCAUCGACCGCACACGAGAGGCGCAGAGCAAAAACCCUACGCGACCGUACCACACGAUCGCCACGUCGGGGGUUUUCAGCGUCGCCAUGGCAGAGGAGGUAGCGCCGGAGCUCGCGGCGGCGGACCCAUCGGCCGCCGAGGACAUGGACCUCGCGACCGAGGAGCCCGACCCGGAAGAGGGCGAGGCGGCGGCGCCCGACGGGGCCGAGGACGGCGGCGGCGGCGAGCCCAAGGCGAAGCGCCCGAGGGAAGCAGGGGAGGAGGGCGCGGAGGCCGCCGGCGGCGGCGGCGCCGCGAAGAAGCAGAAGGCGGAGGAGAAGUCCGUCGAGGAGGAGCGCCUGGAGAAGGGUUCGGGUCCGGCCAAGGUCGGGCCCAAGGAGUUCGGGUCGUCCGUGGAGAUGUUCGACUACUUCUUCAAGUUCCUCCAUUUCUGGCCCACCAACGUCAAUGUCAAUAAGUAUGAGUACAUGACGUUGCUGGAGUUGAUUAAGAAGGGGCAUUCGGAGCCAGAGAAAAAAAUAGGUGUGGGAAUCAAGGCAUUUCAAGUCCGAUUUCAUCCUACAUUCAAGAGUAAGUGCUUCUUCCUCAUAAGGGAAGAUGACUCCGUGGAUGAUUUCAGCUUCAGGAAGUGCGUAGACCACAUAAUCCCGUUGCCAGACGAAAUGAAAGCUAAAGAUGGUGUCAGCAGGGCGUUAGGUGGCAACAAAGGACAUGGAGGGAGAGGAGGUGGUGGACGAGGUGGCCGCGGUCGUGGAAGGGGCAGGAAAGCAAAAUAUUGAGGUUUUUGACGAUGUCGAUGGUAAACUUUUGCUGAUGUGGCUUGGAAAGAAAAAUCAGCACUAGGGGCUUUUGUUGUACUCCCUUAUCUUGCUUUGCUAUUGCAAAUGUGCACGCCGUGCUGCCGGCAUAUGCUUGUAUCGAAUAGUAAUGCAUCAUUAUCUUGUUUAGUGGCUCUUGUUGAAAGAGAGUGGCAAUUUCUUUUCUAA